UUCCAGUCAUUAAAGUGACGCCAGUGAACUCUCCUGAGUUUGCGCCUCCUGUGCAGAAAGAAAGAGAGGUGGAACCACUCGUUACUUUCCCCACGUCAAGCCAGCUUUGCUGUCGGUGUCGGGCUGGCGAAAAGCUUCCUUUUUUCACAAGAUGCUGAACAUGUGGAAGGUUCGGGAGUUCGUUGACAAAGCUACCAAUGUGGUGAUGAAUUACUCGGAGGUGGAGUCCAAAGUCAGAGAAGCUACCAAUGAUGACCCUUGGGGGCCAUCAGGACAACAGAUGAGUGACAUUUCAAGAGCAACCUUUAUGUACGAGCAGUUCCCAGAGGUGAUGAACAUGCUGUGGGCCCGCAUGCUGAGAGACAACAAGAAAAACUGGAGGAGAGUCUAUAAGUCCCUACUACUGCUUGCUCAUCUAAUCAGGAAUGGAUCAGAGCGGGUUGUCACUAGUGCCAGAGAACAUCUUUAUGACCUGAGAUCAUUAGAAAGCUACCACUUUGUUGAUGAGCAUGGUAAAGACCAAGGGGUGAACGUGCGCCAGAAGGUAAAGGAGAUGGUGGCGUUUGUCCAGGAUGAUGAAAGGCUGAGGGAAGAGAGGAAGAAAGCGAAGAAAAACAAAGACAAAUAUGUUGGCGUGUCUUCCGACACUAGAGGAUACAGAGGUUACUCUGCGGACAAGUAUGACUUCAAUGAUAGCACUCGCAAAUGGGAUGACGACUGGGAGAACAAAGGGCAGUACGCUUUCAGCGAUAAACUGGGUGAGAUCAGCGACAAGAUUGGAAGCACCAUUGACGAUACCAUUAACAAGUUUAGGAAGAAGGACAGAGAUGACUCACCAGACCGAUUUAGUGACAACGAGGAGGAUCGGGGCCGCUCAUCUCAUAACGGCAAGUCAGGCAAGGAGUUCAAAGAUGAAGAAGAGACAGUUACCACCAAAAGUGUACAAAUAGUCCAAGCAACAGAGACUACAGCUACCAGAAAGAGAGGUGGUGUCCCAUCUAAAAAAGUGGACUUGGGGGCGGCGGCCCAGUACACAGGAGAUCAGAGCCCAAACAACAACACCACCACCACCAAACAGCCUGAGUCAGCAGCACCACAGCCUUCUAGUAGUGGACUAGUUGAUCUAUUGAUGGUGGACACAACACCUUCAAAGCCUGCUCCCACAGACUUUACCGGUGGAUUUGCUGACUUCGCUUCACCUGCUGCUUCUGCUGGUCUUACUGCAGGAUCUGUCGCACCGGUCUCCAGCAGCAAUGGAGAUUUUGGAGAGUGGAAUGCAUUCCCUGGUGGCCAGAUGCCAGCAUCUGCUCAGUCUGUUGACACCAGUGGAAAUGACCUUUUUGGUGGCAUGACUGCAAGUCCUGCCCCCGCCCCAGUUGCCGCUGCGGGCAACAAUGCGUCCUCAGCAGAUCUUUUUGACAUGAUGGGGCCAACUCAGACGUUCACCUCCUCUCAGAGCCUCAACUUCAGCAUGAACAGUACACAAAGCAUGAGCGCCACAGGCCUGCCUCAGUCUAGGUCACAGCCAAUGCACAACUUUGGGGCGCCUCUUCAACCGCAGACUGCUCAGCAGGGAGUCAUUUCUCAAGGUGCUGCAGCCAAAGAUUCCCUCCCCUCCACUUGGUCAGACCACUCUGUGAACAUCAGCCUUGACUUCCUGGGUCCAGGCAUGCAGGCGCCCAAGCCCAGUCAACCCACCCUCAACACACUCCAACAAGGCAACCAGGUGGGCGUUAACUUGCUCCCCCAAGGAUUUUCCACAAUGAGCCUUGGACCCUCUGGAGUCAGGUCGCCUGUGAAUCCCAUGAUGCACCCUGGUGCUGGCAUGAACAUGGGCAUGGCCUCCAUGGGGAUGACGCCCAACAACGCAAUGAUGGGGAUGGCGAUGGCUCCCAAUCAAGCCAUGAUGGGCAUGGGCAUGAACAUGGGGAUGCAGCAGGGGGGCAUGCCAGUGGUCAUGCCAGGUGCCAUGGGGAUGCAUCCAGGAAUGGUCCAACAGUCCAAACAUGACGCCUUUGCUGACUUUGGUAACUUUGGGAAGUGAUGGCGCUGCAGAGCAGAGAAGAUAUCUGAGGGCUUAUUAGUGAAGGAUUAUGAGCUUCAAACAAAGAGUACUUGAAUCAUGUCAACACUCUGCAAUGUCCUUAUUUUUAACUAAUGAUGCUGUCAGUGAAAUGGAGCAAAGUGGACGUGUGGGUGGAGUUUGAACCAAUGAUAAGUGCCGUCAUCACACAGCUUUUUGUCGAUUGUGUGCCUUGCUGGUUAUGAAUGUCAGGAGAUUCGCUUUUACAACCUCAAUCAAAUGAAAUCACCAGAAUAGCAAAAAUGUUUAUGCAUCGGUUUUUGCGAUGCCUCCUCUCUAACUUUAUUGAGAAGUCAGCCAUUUUAACUUUAAUAUAUCAAGUGACCUAUUUGUUCUUCUGUCUUCCUUUAGCCUGUAAAUACCUACACCAUUUUAAGUUAUGGAGAUUAAACGGUUAUGAAGAAGAUUAACGGGCUGGUGACAAUGUGUAGAGUUAUGUCAUGCAGGAAAACUGUUCUGAAUUCAGACUUGGAGCACAUUGUUACCUUUUUCUUCCAUGUCGGGCACUUUGGAAGCCAGCUUGUGUCCUUUUUAUCAAUCCUUGCAUUCUUUUUCUGAGAUUUCCACUUACAGACCUCAUCAAAUUUCUUUGGUACAACAGUUAUGGCUCUAUAUGAUAUAGAUAUAUGCAUAUAGACAUAUGUAUGUGUGUGUGUGUGUAUAUAUAUAUAUAUAUAUAUAUA